CCAGCCUCAUCUGGGUAGCUUUAGGCGACUUUUGGUUUCAUAUCUGUCGUAACCCCGCCUGUAAUAAGCUAGGAAUAGACUUGCCCACGUCAGCAACGCGUUGAAUGGCUGUCUCCAACCGAGUGAGCAAUUACCCAAUGCAAUGAGCCUCAAAAAGCCCUCAUACAGAUACAAUCGCCGAUCUGAAUGCUUCACGAGCAUCGCUGUGGUCAUGCAAAUGGCAGAUGAGACACCCAAAAUCACGUCCAUGGUCCGCCAGUACAGUCUUGAGGUGGAGAAAGCAGAACCAGACGAUUCACUUUCUCAAGCCUUAGGGGCAGUAGUGAGGAAGCACGAUGACGAAGAACCAAGAUUCAAGCAGCAAGCUAUUGAAUGGAACAAGUGGCUCCAGUUUGGGGAGAGCCAAAGUGACGAUGUCCUCGGCCCGUUGGAGAAUCAGCGCAAAGAAUUAGUAGAAACGUGGCAAAACUUUCAACACCUCUUUCAUGAUGACCAAGAGUCUAUUCGGCCGGCCAACAGCAUUCCCACGAUCGAGACCCUACGCAGGGCAAUUGAACAAUCUCAAGAUGCAUGGCUUGCCAAGAAAACCAAGGGAUUCGGGAAAGCAAAGGAUCGGUUUUUCGAUUUCUUGGACACGAUGAAUGAUCAUUCAUACCUCUUCAACGUUAUUCCCAGUGGGGAUAAGUACAUUUCAUUGAUCACUGGGGUCGUGUCUUCAGUUGUCACGGCCUCUACAAACUACAAGAAAAUCGCCGAAGGGUUCUCCAUGGCUCUUAUCGACAUCUCAAGUGACCUGCACUUUGUUACCAAGAGUGUUGAGAUUGCAGACAGUCAAGAAAUGAGAAGGCUUGUGGUCGAGCUCUAUGUAGGAGUCUUCAAAUUGCUCUGCCACACCAUGGAUUGGUUCAAACGGAAGAAGAACCGGUUUCUUUCAGCUCUGAAUAAGAACUUUUACGACGAAACAGUCCAGGGACUGGUGCGGGGAAUACAAAAAACAGUCCAGAGAGUAAGAGACGAAUCCCAGUUCAUUGCAAACGGUCGGGUUGAACGGAUUGAGGGCAUGGUCAGUCAUGCUCUCUCUCUCCGAAUGGUGGGGAGCGAAAGUCGCAACGACGAUAUCGAAACAACCCAGCGAAAACUCGCAUUUGCCAAAGAGAGUUUGGGUUAUUCAUCAGUUCGGACUUUGGUAUCUGUCGAGGAGCAGCUGGUACAUGACCAUCGCUUAGAAAAGCGGACUCCCGACGCAGUCCAACGGUCCAAAGUCACCACGUCAAAUGAAGCGGACAUUUUUAAUGAGGAAGAUUCGGUUUCUGAAGACGACUCUGAUGAGCUGUGUUCCCGACAUGAGAUUGAACAACUCUCGAAGUUAAUCGCCAUCUACCUUGAAGACGGCCGAGAAGAUAUUUCGCGUGUGAUGGCAUCUCCAUCGUCUAGUAUCCCAGAGGAGGUUAUGAUGCAGAUGCAGAUAUGGAUCCAGGCUCCAAAGUCAAAGAUGCUUUGGGUUGGAGGUGUCCCGGUAGCACCAUACGGGUCUGGUCUCUCCCAAGCAGCGAUGCGCCUCAGCACUGUGAGCAUGGAGGCAGGUCUACCAUGCGUGUCCUUCUAUUGCAAGCCACGCUAUGCUUUCGCCAAGACAUCCCAUGUUUCUGGAAGACAGGCCGGCCUGAUAGCGCUGCUGUAUUCUGUUAUCACGCAGUUGACGUACCUCCUGCCGGCCACGUUUCCUGCGACCAAAGAUCUCGACGGUGAUCAAUUCCGCCUUCUUGAUGGGAGCAUGGAGAGUGUUUCUGUUGCUUUGCGGAUCAUCCGAGCUCUCCUAAGUCAUGCCCCGCCGUCGCUAAUUUGGGUCCUUGACGGUCUCCAACUGGCUGAGGAUCAGGCAACCCUUCCUUAUCUGAAGGCUUUGAUGGAAAUUCUUCGAGAACAAGAAGACCAGCGCGUAUCCAAAGUCUGCUUCACUACCGAUGGGAACAGUCGUGCUUUGACGUCGAGCAUGCGUGCUCAUGAACGUGUCGACGCCUCGAGGAUGGCACAUCGUGUUCCAGGACGUCCGUCGAUCGGAGGGAGGAAUAUCAGUGAACUUGGGGGUGCUAUGCGGAGAGGGAUUUGAAGAGAUGACGAUACCUCAUUCUCACCAACGACUGGGAAUAGAUGCAGGUAUCUGUUCAAUAUUGAUGAUUCCGGGAGGGAAUGCAAUUUCGUCGUCUUAGGUUAUGAGAGGGAAUAAGCCAGAUCUGUUUAGAACUUUCCAUGCGCCAAACUUGUUAGAGAGUGAUGAGAGCUGGUACAAUUUGGGCAGGCUAUAAGACAAGAGAAGAAUUAUAUUUCAGCUUAAUAAUUACAUUGUUGGACAUGAGA